UUUCUCUCUCUCUCUGUGCUCGAGCGCGUCAUGGCGGAGAGAGACCGGCUGGUGUAGGAUUUACAGCUGAAAUAUGCCUGCUAUCCCGUCUGUUUCCCGGCACAUGGAAUACACUAAAACUGUUUAGCAGUUGAUCCCAAGGCACUCUUGACCGUGGAGGGGAAACUCAGAAACUCAUCUCUCAGAGUAAAGUGUGUAAGAGUGUUUUUGUGGAGUUCUCGAGCGACAGCGGCGAUCAUCAGAAAGAGUCCGCGAGCAGCGCGCACACAGGCGGGCAGGUGAGCUGCUCUGAAGUGGCGCACGCAGACUGUACGGAUCUCAUCAGGGAUUCAUCUUUAAUAUUUGAUUGAGAUGGAUGCACGCAGUGAGGAUGAAAGUGUCAGCAACAGCAGCGGAGAGUCCAGUAAUUCAGACGAUGAGUCUGGGUCAGGAUCGGGCUCGGGCUCGAGUUCAAGCAGUAGCAGUUCUAGCAGUAGCCAAUCAGGGAGCAGUGACUCAGGAAGUGGAUCGGAUUCUGGAAGCCAAUCAGACUCGGACUCCGAGAAAUCCAAGGAAAAGAAUGAUCAAGGCAACAAAAUCGAUGGAGCAGCGUUUUGGAAGUCCAACCCCAGUAUCCUGACAGUGCAACGGUCCGCCAUGAUCCGGAAGCAGCAGCUCCAGCAACAGCAGCAGGUCCAGCAGCAGCCGAGCUCCUCAAACACCGGCUCAGACGAGGACUCUUCCAGUAGUGAUGACUCGGAUGAUGACUCCAAGAGCAGGAGUAAAGGGUCUGGAUCGGACUCGGGAUCGGGUUCAGGAAGUGGCUCAUCGGACUCUUCAGAAAAGGAGGAAGGGCACAGUGACGAGUCGGUGUCUGACUAUGAGCCCAGUCACAAAGUCAAGAGCAGAAAACCUUCAAACAAGGCCACUGCCAGGAAUGGGAGAAAUAACAAGGCUCCGAAGAAGAAGCCCUCGCGCUCCUCCUCAGAUGAAGACGACGAUUAUAAGAAAGCCCUAGCGGGGCCUCGGCGGCAGGCCACGGUCAACGUGAGCUACAAAGAAGAUGAGGAACUGAAGACGGAUUCCGACGACCUGGUGGAGGUGUGUGGAGAGGACGUCCCGCCCCCAGAGGAGGACGAGUUCGAGACACUGGAGAGAGUCAUGGAAUCGAGGAUAGGUCGGAAAGGAGCAACGGGUGCCGUAACCACAGUGUAUGCCGUAGAGGCAGAUGGAGACCCCAACGCCAGCUUCGACCCCAACAGACAGCCAGGAGAGGUGCAAUACUUGAUGAAAUGGAAGAACUGGUCCCACAUUCACAACACCUGGGAGACGGAGGAGACGCUCAAACAACAGAACGUCAAGGGCAUGAAGAAACUGGACAACUUCAAGAAAAAAGAGCAGGAGAAGAAGAAAUGGCUCAAAGCGGCCUCGCCUGAAGAUGUGGAGUACUUAAACUGCCAGCAGGAGCUCAUGGAUGACUUGCAUUCUCAGUAUCAAAUCGUGGAAAGAAUCAUUGGACAUUCGAAUCAAAAGUCUGCGGCAGGUUAUCCCGACUACCUUUGUAAAUGGCAGGGGCUGCCGUACUCGGAGUGCAGUUGGGAAGACGGUGCUCUUAUUUCUAGAAAGUUUCAAAAGUGCAUCGAUGAAUACAUGAGCCGAAACCAGAGCAAAACCAUCCCCUUCAGAGACUGCAAGGUUUUAAAACAGAGACCCCGGUUUGUGCCCAUGAAGAAGCAGCCUCUGUACAUCGGUGGAGACGGCCUAGAGCUGCGGGACUAUCAGUUGGACAGUCUCAACUGGAUGGCCCAUUCUUGGUGCAAAGGAAACAGUUGUAUCCUGGCAGAUGAGAUGGGUCUGGGAAAAACCAUCCAGACCAUCAGCUUCCUCAACUACAUGUUCAAUGAUCACCAGCUUUACGGGCCCUUUCUUCUGGUGGUGCCUCUGUCCACCCUCACGUCCUGGCAGAGGGAGAUCCAGCUCUGGGCGCCUCAGAUGAAUGUUGUGGUGUACCUGGGAGACAUCAACAGCAGAAACAUGAUCCGGACACAUGAAUGGAUGCAUCCGCAGACCAAGCGACUGAAGUUAAACAUUCUGCUUACUACAUAUGAAAUUCUGCUGAAGGAUAAGUCAUUUUUAGGAAAUGUCAGCUGGGCGUUCAUAGGUGUCGACGAGGCCCAUCGGCUGAAGAACGAUGACUCUCUCCUCUACAAGACUAUGAUGGAGUUCAAGUCCAACCACAGGCUCCUGAUCACUGGCACACCCCUCCAGAACUCACUCAAAGAGCUCUGGUCUCUGCUACACUUUAUUAUGCCUGACAAAUUUCACUCGUGGGAGAUGUUUGAAGAGGAGCAUGGGAAGGGCAGAGACUCGGGCUAUACCAGCCUUCAUAAAGAGCUGGAGCCCUUCUUGCUGCGCAGAGUGAAGAAAGAUGUGGAGAAAUCUUUGCCUGCCAAGGUGGAGCAGAUCCUCAGGGUAGAGAUGAGCGCUGUUCAGAAACAAUACUACAAGUGGAUAUUGACGAGGAACUAUAAAGCCCUGAGUAAAGGAACUAAAGGAAGCACGUCAGGCUUCCUCAACGUCAUGAUGGAGUUGAAGAAAUGCUGUAACCACUGCUACCUCAUUAAACCCCCUGACGAGACCGAGUUCUACAACAGACAAGAGGGCCUGCAGCACCUUAUUCGCAGCAGUGGGAAGCUGAUUCUUCUGGAUAAACUGCUGGUUCGGCUGAAGGAACGAGGGCACCGUGUGCUCAUCUUCUCCCAGAUGGUUCGGAUGCUGGACAUCCUAGCGGAGUACCUGAAGUACCGGCAGUUCUUAUUCCAGCGACUGGAUGGUUCUAUAAAGGGUGAGAUGAGGAAGCAGGCGUUGGAUCACUUUAAUGCGGAGGGCUCUGAGGAUUUCUGCUUCUUGUUGUCGACGCGAGCGGGUGGUCUGGGCAUUAAUCUGGCCUCUGCGGAUACGGUGGUCAUUUUCGACUCCGACUGGAACCCCCAGAAUGACCUGCAGGCCCAGGCCAGAGCGCACAGGAUUGGGCAGAAAAAACAGGUGAAUAUAUACCGUCUGGUGACGAAGGGCUCAGUUGAGGAGGAGAUCAUUGAGAGAGCCAAGAAGAAAAUGGUGUUGGACCACCUGGUGAUUCAGAGGAUGGACACCACGGGGAAGACGGUCCUCCAUACGGGUGCUGCUCCUUCCAGUUCCACUCCAUUCAACAAGGAGGAGCUGUCAGCCAUCCUGAAGUUUGGUGCGGAAGAGCUUUUCAAAGAGCAGGAAGGAGAGGAGCAGGAGCCUCAGGUUUGU